UGCGAGGAUGCUGCCUCCAAGAGUCCAAUGUGCUUUAUGCUCGGGGCUGUCCUCGUCAAGGGUGGCAAAAUAAUAUCGACCGGAUAUAAUCACUAUCGCACUCACUAUGACGGGGAUGAUACCAAGAAGAGAGGUGGAAAGCCUCUAUCGAUGCAUGCCGAGAUGCACGCCAUCUAUAACGCUGUCGGUGCGGCCCCUUCUUUCAGGAUGCAAUUCGUUCAAGCGAAUGGUGCCACCCAAGACGAUGCCCUCCACCCACUCGGCAAUCAAUCCGGUUUUGAACCGCGGAAACAACCAAACUCUGAACGAAAAUCCAUCGAAAAAUCAGUCUCGGCGAAAGACACGAUCUUUGACCAUGCCCGCCACUCGUCCACAGACUCGACCUGCACUUCGCUCGGGGACGCGCCGCGAAAUCCAACUAACACAUAUGAUGCACCUGGGCAACCCGAAAGACUUGUUCGUCGGAAGAACUGCCCUAGUUACGCGAUGUAUCAGCACCGAGACCAGCUGGCGCGGAUGAAAGCCAAAUGGGAGCAAGAAGAGCGCCGAAAGGCAACCAAGCAGCGUACCACUGGCGCAGCGCAUGACCCCAUUGAUCAUUUCAGUGAUGAAGAAGACACAAAACCAUCUAAGAAGAAAGCCAAGAAGAAGGGCGGCUCGACAUCUGAAGAAAAGCGUCGAGGGGACGGCCAAGUCAAACACACAAAGCCGCCUGGUGUCCCCAGCGCCGAUAGAGGGACGAAAAAGCAUAACAAUGGGCGAAGCCGGAUCACUGGAUCAGACCUUUAUGUGGUGCGCCUCACUCGCUCUGGGACGUUCGGAAAUGCAAUGCCGUGUUGGAGAUGCUUGGAAUGGUGCAAAUGGGCCGGUGUGAAGAGGAUCUUCCACUACUCUGUCACUCGAGUUGAAGACUUGGUCGUAGGUGCAAAGAGUGAAGCCGGCAAGACACGGAUUGGGAGAUGGGAAUGUGUCAAGGUCAACGAGGCAAGACCGGAAGACU